AAAUAAUAACUCUCUUUUUUUCACUAUCGGGGAACUGACCAUAAAAGGUAGCCUAUCAUCUCUUUUCUUUAUUUUGCAUGAAUCUUUAGAGAAAGAAAAAAAUAAUUCCAUUUUUAUUUUUUCUUACGGAGAGUCAAAGUUAAAAAUUUUUUAAAGAUGGAAGCAAGAUUUGUUGACAUGUGUAGUCCUCAUUUCUAUAAUGGGCUUUUAGUAGCUGCAGUCACAGACAGAGAUGGCGUUGUGUUAUUGAAAUGCAAGUCUGAAAAUGCCAAAGACGACCUGAUUGAGUCUACUCUUCAAAGUACUUUUGCAGUAACCAAUAAUCAGGCAUCAAAGCUUGGCCUUGGUAAUAAUAAUAGCAUCAUCAGCGUUUAUGACUUGUACCAGAUUAUCCAAUUAAACGAUGCACCUCUCAUCAUCACUCUGAUUGCUGACGCCAGUGCCAAUACAGGUCUCUUUAUGAGCUUGGGACAUAGUUUGAUCGAUCUGACAAGGCCCAUUGUGGAAGCAUUAGUCGUAGAUAAAUAGAAAUAAAGGAAAAUUCAUGCAAAAUGUCAAAUAAUGGCAUUGACCAACAAUAAACAAAGAACCAGUCAGAGGUGUGUGUUACUAUGGUAAUGGUAGUAAGGAACGGGAUUUAUUUUUGUACGACAAAUGAUUUUAUAAAAUAGAAAAGACGACAAAAUUACCUUUUUAGGAUUGAUCACUUUUUUAUAUAAAAGAAC